GUGUCCUUCACCCAGAUCGAAGAGAUCAGCAUUAAUGUAUGCAGUAAAGCUUUUGAACUUUACAGUUUCAUUAUGCUCAAGGUAAACGCAUACAUUCUAACGUUGCUCUGGUGGCAACAACAUAAUAAAAAAUGUUUGUGCAGUUUUAGAAUAAAAUAUUGUUAUUUACUCUCGCAACAAAUAAAGGAAUUUUUAUGCCAUUGCCAAUUGACAGAUGGUUUUUUAUGGCAAGCUUUUCAUAUGAAAACUAUGUUCUAAGAUUUGUUGUUAUACGAGGUUUGUAUUUAUAAAUUGAAUUUAUAUAAAAAUAUGUAUGUACUUAAACUACAUUUCCAUAAUUAGUUAAUGACAAAAGAUUAUAUAUAAAAUAAAACACCCUCGCAGGCGCAUUUCUUAUAGCAUACGUGGGAACAAAAAUAUUUUUAUCUAGGCUUUGAUGUCAUCGUAUAUGCUAUAGUAGUUCGAUCUGAAUAAUAUGUUCGCAUAGUGUAGGAUUACAAUGAACAAUGUCCGACAUUUCUUUCUGAGUGUUACAAAGUUCGUGGCAAAAUUAAUAUAACGGAUAUAAAUAUACACUUGUAGAUAUGUAAUCAUAUCAUACAUAUUAUAUAUGAUUACAUAUACUUAUAUGAUUACAUGUAUACUUAUUUAUGUCGUUAUAUGAAGGGAAGUGGAAGCUACUAUGUUCAAAAAAACAUUGAAUGAUAUUGAACUGUGUGUAUUAAUGAAUGACAGACGAAAAAUAUUUUUAUUUUUAUGAGUCAAGCGAUCGUAUUAAUUAAUGGCAAUAUAGACUUACUAUAGCUAUUUAACUUCACAAACGCAUAAACCAAUAUCUACAGUUUCUUAUACGAAUUACAACAAAAGUAUGAUAUAACGUAAUAAUUUUGCAUUUGCAAAUACUCUUUUUCCAUGCGGUCACAGCGGAAAUAGGAGAGGAAUCAGCAGACGUGAAUAUGUUUUAUUAUACAAAUUGUACACAUUAUGACGCGUCAACUACAAACUCAUAACAACAAUACAAGCAACAAAAACAUGGAAUAAUAUAAUUUACUAUAUUAACACUAUGUGCUAAUGCCGAAUAGGCAACCAGUAAUAACAAUAAAAGCAACAGGCGGUUGUUUUUACACAAAAUCAGCCAGCUGAGCUGUUGCGAGUGCUCAACUCAGAGGCGGCUGCUUGCCUGUUCGCUUGGCUUUUAUUCGGCUACCUCUGUUAGCUGGCUGACGGGCUGGCUGUUUUUCUGCUUGGUUGAUUCACUGACUGAACUGACUACAGCUCUGUCACCGUUCGCCUUUUGGAGCAUCGGCACAAAUCCGCAGUACUUGGAGAUUUCAGUCUAAAAUAACGAUCGAACUGGUGAACAACCGAUGCGGAUAAAAAUUUUAAUUCAAUAAAACUACUGUACUAACGGAAAUAUACGAAAUUCCUGUUGAACGAAAUUUUGAAUUCGCUUUUCGUAGCUGUAACUAUAACUUAAAAGUUCGUACAAUGAGUUGUGGCAUCUCUUUGGUUAAAUACCUUUUGUUUUUGUUUAAUUUGCUAUGUUCGAUAUGUGGCAUAUUGCUGAUCGUCUUUGGCAUCCUGCUCUUCAGCAAUAUACACAAUAUCGAUGACAUUGCGGAGGCAGUGCAAACACAGCAAGUGCCCAUUACAAUGAUCGUUUUGGGUUCGGUGAUAUUGCUGAUAUCCUUCUUCGGUUGCUGUGGCGCGAUACGCGAGUCGUAUUGCAUGUCGAUGACGUACUCUGUGCUGCUCUUCGUGCUGAUGAUCGGACAACUCGCCCUGGUUAUAUACAUGUGGGUACAAAAGGACCGAUAUCUAGUAAUGAUAGGCGAUGUCGUCGAAAAGGCAUGGGCGCGUAGAACUCACAAAGCGGACUACAUGGAUGCCAUACAAAUUAGUAUGGAGUGCUGUGGUAAGAACUCUUACAUUGACUACUCAUUCCAAGGCUACUAUCCACCAUCGUGCUGUAAGGGUAAUAACUGCAACAUUGAGAACGUCUAUCGUCGUGGCUGUAAGCAGGCAUUCGUUGAUUUCUGGGAUAAGAACAGUGAUAUUAUCAAAUAUGCGGGUCUGGUUGUCGCAGCCAUUGAGUUUGUUGGUUUCAUAUUCGCCUGCUGCUUAGCGAAUAAUAUUCGAAAUUACAGACGUCGCUCGGCCUAUUGAGUAUUUUGAGUAUUUUCUAACACAGAAUCUCAAAUUAAUUUUGCAAAUAUGUAUGUAUUUAUGAAGAGAAGCAAUAGCGGUAAUGUUUAUACAAAAAUUAGUUAUAUGUAUAAUCCAACGAAACUGGCAACAAAUGUACAAUAAAAGUCGAAAUUUUUAAACUUGCACACAGUUGCAAUCACAAAAGUAUACUUACUUUAUAUAUUUUUUUAUAGUAAGUGAUUUAAUAAUUAUGGUAAAAAUAGCGUUAAAAACUAUCAAAUAUUGAAGAAUUUAAAAUAAAAUUUGUAAUUACUAACAAA